CCAACCACAAGCUACAGUCCCUCUCUCUCUCACUACAAAUAGGUCUUAUCCCUCCUAUUCUUGUCACACACCCAAACCAAAACUUCUUUAGACAUUUCUCUCUUGCUUGACACUAUAGAAAAAACCGAACUUUUGUAAAUUCAUCAAAAUCUUUUUUUAUCUUUCGGUUCCAUCUUUUCUUUCUUCUACUAUAAAGAAAGAGCAAUUACACACAAAAAAAUGUGUGGUGGUGCAAUUCUUGCUGAUCUCAUUCCCCGCCGUGACCGCCGCCCGUCAUCCACUGACUUAUGGCCAAAUUCUGCAGAUUUCUGGCCAAGCUCUUCAUUCACUAAGCCAAUAAACUCCAGAGUGUCCACUCAAAAUGUUACUUCCACUCCAAAACGAGCUCAACCCUCUAAAGGUAAUGAGCAGAUCCAGAAUAUCAAGAAACGGCAAAGGAAGAAUCUUUACAGGGGAAUCCGACAGCGUCCAUGGGGUAAAUGGGCUGCUGAAAUUCGUGACCCAAGAAAAGGUAUAAGGGUCUGGUUAGGUACUUUUAGCACUGCAGAAGAAGCUGCUAGAGCUUAUGACAAAGAAGCUCGUAAAAUCAGAGGAAAAAAAGCCAAAGCUAAUUUCCCUAACGAGGACGACAAUUACAGUACUGCUUACGAAUGCUAUGAUACUUCUUAUAAUCAUGAGUCAAAUAACAGUAAUGGCAGCUUCUACUCGCUCGAAAAUCAAAACGCUGAACCUGUUAUGGAAUAUCCAUUAGCUUAUAAAAAUUCAUCUGGGUCUGUUUAUAAUGGAAGUGAGGAGCAAAAAGCAGAGAACGAAGUGGAGAAACUGACUGAAGAGUUGAUGGCUUACGAGUCAUUGAUGAAGUUCUAUGAAAUACCAUAUGUUGACGGGCAAUCAAUGGCGGCGACGGUGAAUCCAGCUGCGGAGGCCGCCGUGGGCGGUGGCUCGAUGGAUUUAUGGAGUUUCGAUGAUGUCAGUGUAUGAGUCAAAAUCUGACCAUAUUAGAUUAGUGCUGAAAGGGAUGGCAAGGAGCCGACUAAGCCGUGGUUGUAUCCACUAGGCAUGAGUAUCUCGGCCACUGCCGAGAUCGAACUAUCAGAAAGUUUGUAAGGCAAAGUAUAUGUCGUGACACUUAAAGGGAAACGACCUAAGGUACAAUCAGCAUAUUAGGGUGUUCUAGCUAAGGACCGUUGUAUAAAAGGGAAUGUUUAUAAUAUAUAUAGGAAGGGAGAGAACAAGGAAGAGGUAUCUCCGCUACAGGAAAAAGAGAGAGAAGGGCCGGAAAAGGUCUAUGAAGAAAAUAAAGCCAAGGUCUAGCUCUUUGAUGCGAAUCUUUGUAAUCAUCUUUCUCAAAUCGAUAAAGAUAGAUUCCGCAGCUGUGAAUGACAUUCCUUCUUUUCCUUCUUUUUUCUUACAUUACAGAACAAUACAGCGAAAAUGUAAGCAUGUCAUUUAUGUUCCAUAUCUCUUUUAGAUCUUAAAAGUUCAUGAGCUUGACUACA